UCUUUUUGUUUUUUUGGCUAGAGAACUCUCCCUCUCUCUCUCUCUCGCUCUCUCUCUCUCUCCGGCAUUUCAAUGGAAUCGGCUCCAUGCCCCACAACUCCAAGAUGGAACGUGGAUCGUCCAUUUCUGACGGGCAGAUUCCAUCAGGAGAUCAGGCCUUCUUCCAACACUCAAACAGCAGGUGGCGUGAAAGGAAUCGCUUCCGAUUCCUUCAGAAAUCGGGGCUCACAAAAUUCAGUUGGUUAUUAUCAUAACUCUGUUCAGGAGCUGUUAGUAAUUGAGGAUCUGCUUUCUGCUAUGGUUGGAAUUGAGGGGCGGUACAUUUCAAUCAAAAGAGUUCGUGGGAAGGACUGUCAAGUUGCCUUUCAGGUUGAUGCAUCCAUGGACUUGGCGCUGCAGGAAAUGGCAAAAAGGAUAUUUCCUCUUUGUGAGAACUUUCUGGCAAUUAGUCAGUUCGUUGAAUUGAGAUCCCAAUUCAAAAAUGGCUUGGUCAAUCAUGCCUUUGCUGCUGCACUAAGGGCUCUCCUUCUAGAUUACCAGGCCAUGGUGGCACAACUAGAGCACCAAUUCCGACUUGGAAGACUUUCCAUUCAAGGAUUAUGGUUUUUCUGUCAGCCUAUGAUGGGAUCAAUGCAUGCUUUGUCGAUUGUGAUAGAGAAGGCUUCUGCAAAUGAUCUUUCAGGUUCAGCAGUUCUUAAUCUCUUGCAGAGCCAGGCCAAGGCAAUGGCUGGUGAUAAUGCAGUGAGGUCAUUGCUGGAGAAGAUGACUCAAUGUGCUAGUGGCGCAUAUCUCCGCAUAUUAGAAAGGGGUUUGUGUGUGUGGGUGCAUGCAUGCGCGCGUGCGAAUGUCUCGUUUUCAUUGCCACUCUUCUACAGGUGGGUCUAUGAAGGGGUGAUUGAUGACCCUUCCGGUGAAUUCUUUAUUGCUGAGAACAAAUUACUGCAAAAGGAGAGUCUCACUCAAGAUUAUGAUGCUAAGUUCUGGCAACAACGUUACAGCCUCAAGGAUGGCAUUCCGAGCUUCCUCACGAGUGCUGCGGGGACAAUUUUGACAACUGGAAAAUAUUUAAAUGUCAUGAGAGAAUGUGGACGUAAUGUUCAGGUUCCCAUAUCAGAAAAUUCAAAAUUGACGAGCUUUGGAUCAAACCACCAUUAUCUUGAGUGUAUCAAAGCUGCUUAUGAUUUUGCAAGUGGCGAGCUCUUGAAUCUUAUUAAAGAAAAGUAUGAUCUUAUGGGGAAACUAAGGUCGUUGAAGCGGUAUCUUCUUCUUGAUCAGGGUGAUUUCUUGGUUCAUUUUAUGGAUAUAGCUCGAGAUGAGCUUCUUAAAAGGCCUGAUGAUAUAUCUGUAGAGAAACUGCAGUCUCUUCUGGACCUUGCUUUGCGGACCACAGCUGCAGUAGCAGAUCCUUGUCACGAGAAACUGACAUGUUGUGUGGAAAGAUCUUCUUUGCUUAAUAGAUUGGGGACUCUCAGUGAUCUGGAAUAUGGGAUGAAAAAUUUACUUUCUACUCCUGAAGUUCAGAAGCCUGUUUCUGAUGGUAAUGAUCAGACAGAGCCAGUAAGUGUCACUGGCCUAGAAACGUUCUCUCUGAGUUACAAGGUGCAAUGGCCGUUGUCCCUUGUGAUUUCCAGAAAAGCCUUGACAAAGUAUCAGUUGAUUUUCCGAUUCCUGUUUCAUUGUAAACACGUCAACCGCCAACUUUGUGGAGCAUGGCAAGUCCAUCAAGUAUGUGGGGUUCGUGCUUUUAACAAAUUGGGAACAACCAUCUCCCGCUCUUCAGUGCUUUGCCGCAGCAUGCUUAAAUUUAUUAAUAGCCUUUUACAUUAUUUGACAUUUGAGGUUCUUGAACCCAAUUGGCAUGUGAUGCACAACAGACUUCUAACUGCAAAGAGCAUAGAUGAGGUUAUCCAACACCACGAUUUUUUCCUAAAAAAAUGUCUGAAAGAGUGCCUGCUUCUCUUGCCUCAACUUCUCAAGAAGGUGGAGAAACUGAAAUCAAUAUGCCUUCAAUAUGCAGCAGCAAUUCAAUGGUUGAUACCAUCACUUUACAUUCCCAAGCCCGAGACCGUCGAGAGUUCUUCCAGACUGGAAAAAUCCAAACCUAGGAGAUCAAGGCAUAGAAUCCAGGAAUUAAAUUUAUCUCCAGAGAACACAUCUGUCAGUGAUUCUGUUAUGAAAUUUGAGAAGGAAUUCAAUACCGAACUUCAGAGUCUCAGACCCAUAUUAAGCAGCAGUUCACAAGCUGAGCCGUACUUGACACAUCUUGCACAGUGUAUUCUGGGCAUCGGAAAUGAUUAUAUUGGGUACUAGAUUCAAGGUCCGGCAUAAUUUGAAGUGAGGGAAUGCUACUAUGUUCCGGUCCUACCUUUUCUGCCUUAUCUUUUGCCUCAUCUGAAAGGCACUGCAACAUGGAGAAAAAGGGAUGGAUUUUCUCUAUUAGUUGUCUGCGUGAACUGGAUGGAUCACUUUCCAAGACUUCCAUGAAGCUGACAUAGAUGUGUCUCCCUAUCAAAUUUCAUAUUUUAGCUCAUACAGUUUUACUGGUUACAAUACGCAUGUGGGCCCCCCGAAAGGAAGAUUUGUUCCCUUUGAUCGGUCUGCAUAGGCGGCCAAACAGUUGAAAAAAGGGUAUCGUACUUGGAUAUGUGGGCCCCACAAAUGUGCGCGGGUUCAGUGUUCCUCUUAUCAUCAAGGGAUCAAUGUAAUUGGGAAGUCAUUUUCACGCACUAUCAAUAAUUACAUCGUUUAUUAUU